AUGAAGGCAGCUCGCUAUCACGCUCCUGGUGACGUUCGGAUCGAGAACAUCCCUGAACCAGUGGCAAGCAAAGUAUGCGGUUCAGAUGUCCAUUGGUAUCUAUCAUCCGUGCCAGUAGCACCGACGGCGACGAAGCCUCAUCCAGUGACCAAGGAGACGCUGCCCGUCGUUAUGGGCCAUGAGUUCUCCGGAACCAUCGUGGAACUAGGAGAUGGAGUAGACGAAAGUCGACUUGCUGUGGGACAAAACGUGGUGGCAGAGUCCGUAAUAUCGUGCAUGCAGCCAACGUGCACCUCAUGCUCCGACGGAACGAGGAACGUCUGCCCCCAUACCACGUUCAUCGGCAUCGGUGGUUGGGGCGGUGGUCUUGCGGAGUACAUCGCCGUAAGGCAAGAAGCUGUACACGUCCUCCCAGAAAGCAUCCCUUUGGAAGUGGGAGCCAUGAUUGAGCCGUUAUCUGUUGCCUGGCAUGCAGUGAAGCGGUCGUCCUUCGUGCCCGGCGACAGCGUGUUGAUCAUCGGUGCCGGACCGAUUGGCUUGCUGUUGUUGAAGGUGCUCCGCGCACAAGGGGCAUCAUGGAUAGGAAUGUCCGAACCAGCCGCACAGCGUCGAGAAACGGCGCUAAGAUUUUCAGCAUCUGCGGCGUACGACCCGCGAGCGACCGACGUUGUUCUUGAGACAAAGAAGGAGACAGGCGGCCGUGGUGCAUCCAUCGUCUUCGACUGUGCGGGUAUACAAGCUAGCCUUGACACGGCGCUCGCGGCAGUACGCCCGAGAGGAAACGUAGUCGAAGUCGCCGUUUGGGACAAGUCACCAAUGCUGGACAUCACGACUCUGCAGGGAAAAGAAAUCCUCUUGACAGCUAGUCAGGCUUGCGAUCGCGAGCAUCCAGAGCUGAUUCAAGCCGUGGCUGAUGGGAAGUUCCCUGGGCUUGAGGAGCUGAUCACCAGAAAGAUCGUCCUGGAUGACCUAGUUGAAGAGGGUAUCAAAGCCCUCAUCAAUGACAAGGACAGGCAAAUCAAGAUAUUAGUCCACCCUCAGUGACCGGUGUCUUGCAGCACGCGAUCCCAGAAAGUCCGUAUACCACAAGUGCCAGAAAUAUGUAUCCUUGUGUCGGCGAUGUAGAUAUGUUUGCCUGGAAAGCGAAAUUCAGGAUGAUUGCCUGC